AUGCUUUCCUCAAAUAGAAUAUUACAUGAAUAUGUUACAUGUUCAAAGGGAAUUACAUAUGCAGUUUAUUCUAACAAUUUAGUUCAAAAAGAUAAAACACCAAGUAAUGAAACUGCAUUAAAUGUGAAUAAUAACCAACCUAAUAAUCAAAAAGCUAUUGUACUCCUUUUACAUGGAUUAAAUGGAGGAACUCAUCAAUUUGAAAAUAUGUUCAAAACAUUAAUUAAUCUUGGCUAUCAAUUUAUAUCCAUAGAUUUUUACGGACAUGGAAAUAGUACCUUGUUUGGAAACCCAAGCAAAUACACUGAAAAGCUAUACACGGAACAAAUUUAUGAUGUUUUAAAAAUAAAAGGCCUUUUAAACGAAAAAUUUACAGUUAUUGCCUUUUCUAUGGGAUGUAUUAUAGCUACGCAUUUAUCUAAGGAUAAUAAAAUAUGCAUAGACAAGUAUUGCCUUAUUAGUGCUGCUGGAAUGGCUAAACCGAGAUAUCGAUUCUUGGUUUUUUUAUUAAAAUAUAAUAUACGUCUUUGUCUAAGAUUAGCAAAACGGUAUAGUCGUUCGGUCAUUUCUGAGGACACAGUUAAAAAAGAAUAUUACAAUUUCGAGAACAAUUUAGAAGAAGCCACAAAACGAUAUGAAAUUCUUAAACAGAAUCACGAAAAAUUCAUGGAGACGUUUUUAAAGGUGUUGAUAGGAAUUAAAUUACAAAAUUCUAAAAAGUAUUAUUUUUCGUUGUUCAAAACAAAUGCGGAUAUCCUUUUCAUAUAUGGAAAAAACGAUGCCUUAACACCCUAUAUAUAUACCCAGAAAUUUUUAGAACAAAAAAAGGAAUAUUCAAAAAAUGUGAAAAUGAUAAUUAUACCAGAAUGUUGUCAUCUUGUUAUACAUGAAAAGUUUCAUGAAUUAGAUCACCAUCUUAUUUAUUUUUUAAAAUAA